AGACCCCAAAACACAGCUUAAAGUAGAAGAAAGGUGUUUCUAUCACAAAGAUUAGACCGGUUUGCGAUCAGUGAACAGCCAAAUUCGACUUUGUACUACGGUCUCUGUCUGUCCGGAGAUCGGUUGAUCGGUAAACUCAAACAGGUUUGAAUGUGUGGUGGUGUAAAUCAUGCCGGCUCAAGAAGUAAAUAAAGAUUUGCAGCAUGAACGGGACAAGUGCACAUUUAAUCAAGAGGAGUUCACUCUCUGGUGGGUGGGAGGAAUCGAGAAGCUGGAUGAAAAGCGAUUUAUAGAAAACUACUACAUCAGCCAACCCGAGUUUCACGACAAGAUUCCACUGCACUACGUGUCUCAUCAAGAAACUUACGAAGAAACGGUCCGGAAAGCAACGGUAAUCUACACCAAGGUCAAAAAACUACUCCAAGAGCAGGGAAAAUAUGAUGCUAAGAACUACGUCCCUCUGUUGGACGCCCUGCUGGGAGCUGGAGUCAUCAAAGAGGGCAGCCCGCUAAGGUUGCACUUCGUCAUGUUCAUUCCGGCAAUAAUCGGUCAAGGUACGGCGGAACAACAGCAGAAGUGGCUCGGUAGGGCUCUGAAUUGCGAAAUAAUCGGAACGUACGCACAAACGGAACUUGGGCAUGGUACAUUCCUGCGGGGUCUGGAAACCACUGCCACGUUCGAUGAACGAACGGACGAAAUCGUACUCAAUAGUCCGUCGCUGACGGCGUACAAAUGGUGGCCGGGUGCAUUGGCACAGACCGUCAAUUACUGUAUUGUUAUGGCACAGUUGUACUCGAAAGGAAAACGAUAUGGGGUUCAUGCAUUUUUGGUUCAGGUUCGUGAUGAGGAGACACAUAUGCCCCUUCCGGGGCUAGAGAUAGGCGAUAUUGGUCAUAAGAUGGGCUUCAAAGGAGUUAAUAAUGGAUAUUUGGGAUUUAAACACUAUCGAAUUCCUCGAAGUAAUAUGCUUAUGAGGAACGCUCAACUGCUUCCGGAUGGAACGUACGUGAAGCCAGUUACACCUGUGUUGACCUACGGAACGAUGGUUUUUGUGCGAGUGAUCAUCGUCAGUCAAAUGGCACAGAACUUAGCUAGAGCUGCUACCAUAGCUAUUAGAUAUUCCUGUGUGCGUCGGCAGAGUGUAAUUAAUCCGGAACAACCAGAGGUUCAAGUAAUCGACCAUCUAACUCAGCAAGAGAAGCUACUGCCUCAAGUUGCCAAAGCAAUUGCGUUGAAGCUGACCGCCGACAAUCUGUGGCAGAUGUAUCAGGAGACGACAUCGGAUUUAAACUCCGGCAAGCUGGAUCGGCUGCCAGAGCUGCAUGCCAUCGCGUGCUGUUUGAAGUUCGUGUCGACAUUCGAUGCUGCCAAGGGAAUAGAGGUUUGUCGUCUGGCUUGCGGAGGUCACGGAUAUCUGUCCUCUGCUAAUUUCAUGACGUUCUACACGGUUGCUACGGCUGCUUCAACGUAUGAAGGCGAAAAUACUGUACUUUUGCUGCAAACUGCCAGGUACUUAAUUAAAAUGUGGAAUGAUGCCCUUAAAGGACGCAAACUUACGCCGACAGUUCAGUAUCUUGCUGCCUACGUUGGCAAAGCAUCCAAGCAAAUUGCUUGGAGUGAUUCAAUUCCGGUUAUCGUUACGGCAUUCCAAGCGAUAGCUGCCAAUCGCUUGGCUCAAGCCAAUGCCCACAUCGAACAACGGAAACGGGCAGGGCUGACUGCCGAGGAAGCUACCAACCGAACCGGAUUGGAACUGGUACGCGCAGCGGAGCUGCAUGGUCGGGCGUUCGUUCUGCAGUCCGUUUAUGAAUUGGUCGAACUCUUUUGCCAGACAGCUUCCGCUCCGUUGGCCGAAGUGUUACGCGAUCUUUGCAAGUUGGUGGCUUACGAUGAAGCCCUCAAAGUGGCUGGUGAUUUGAUGAGGUUCACGACUAUGUCCGAGAGCGAUUUCGUCAGACUGCAGCAACUAUAUGAGGCCACGUUGGUUGCCAUCCGACCGAACGCCGUUGGAAUUGUGGAUGCCUUUGACUAUCCGGAUUUUGUGCUUGGUUCUGCUCUUGGAGCGUAUGACGGUAAUGUCUAUGAACGAUUGCUCGAGGAUGCUAAGAAGAGUCCGUUAAAUCAGGAACCGGUGAACAAAACAUUUGAACUGUACCUUAAACCUUUUAUGCGAGGCAAACUGUAAGACACCAGACAGCCCUAAGUCUUAAGGAUGAUCUUCGGAAGGGGAAAUAAAACCAUUUUGUUGUUAAUUUUAAGUCGAACUUGAUUUAUUGACUAUUAAACAUGGGAAUUCAGCAGAUAAAAUUAUGUUCGUUGGUUUUACCACAAGGAAACAAUACUACAUUAAAGUUAUAAAUAAAAACAUCA